GGAAUCCUGAGGAAGAUCAACUAAAUUCGGAAGGUGACCAACAAAAUAACGAGCCUCAAAGUCAAGAGGAACCACAAGAUCUUGAAGCACUUGAAGACUCUCAAGAAAUGCAAUGUAAUAAUGAGUUUCAUACAAAGCUCAUUCAAGAUUUGCUUACCCAAAAAUACACUGGGACAUAA